AUGAAAUUCAUGUAUAAAGAGGAGCACCCAUUUGAGAAGAGAAGAUCGGAGGGGGAAAAAAUCAGGAAGAAGUACCCAGAUAGAGUGCCAGUGAGUUGCUGCUAACUAGCUAGCCAAUGCUUGCGAAAUGCUUACCGGUUAUCUUGUCGGCUGUAACCCACACAAAACACAAUAAUAAAGAGAGGAUCUUAAGGACAUUGACAGUAAUAGUACUAGCUACAACCUUAACAUCUAUGGUUACAUCUUUGGAAAUAGUUUUCCAAUUAAUUGGUCACAGAUUGUUUUGGAUGAACGUUUUACACUGUCAUUCUAGCCAGCUAGCUAACUAGUUGUUAGCUAUUUUGCUAAAUUGACACAUCUUUUGACACUAUAUAUAUAUUUCAACGUAUUGCUUUGAGAAUUGGUAAGCAUUUCAUAAAUGCAUUUUUGGUCAUCUGACUAGCUGGGACAUUUAUUAUAUUUGCAGGUGAUAGUGGAGAAAGCCCCCAAAGCCAGAAUAGGUGAUUUGGACAAGAAGAAAUAUCUUGUACCCUCUGAUCUUACAGGUGAGAUACAGGACAUGUAUCGAAUUGUGUUGCGUCUAUUUCCACAUUUUGAUCUGAAUUUAAAAUGACUUAUUUUCUUAUUUCUUAAGUGGGACAGUUCUACUUCCUGAUCCGGAAGAGGAUUCACCUGCGGGCAGAGGAUGCCCUUUUCUUCUUUGUCAACAAUGUCAUUCCUCCCACCUCAGCCACCAUGGGACUACUUUACCAGGUACUGAGUCUAUUUAUCCAGGCAGGGCAUCAUUUUUUAUUCCCUCCUAUACAUUAUGCAUGGUGUUGUGGUAUUUCCUCCUGAUUAAUCAGGAAUUCCUUAUUUUCUGACAUCAUCCUAGAUCUUGUAUAUCCUACUUAUCCUGAAAUGUUCCUUGAUUCAAACACUUCUGUUUGGCUGUCUCAAACACAUUCCUGGUUAACUGAAUGUUGAAUCUCUGUGUAAUAGGAACACCACGAAGAGGACUUCUUUCUGUACAUAGCCUACAGUGAUGAGAGUGUCUACGGAGACAGCCAAACAGAAGUCUAG